CCCACAUUCUUCUCAGCUUCAUCAGCAGCGUGUAUGUCGACUGUGGCAUAUAAUGGCGGCAAAACCUGGAACACCAAGCAUCGCCGUCUCGGAAGAUCUCGUGCUUCUCUUGCGCCAUCACUCUGCAGGAUGCGCUGCCGGUGCGCUAAUCUUACCAGCGCGAGAGUGCCCCCAAGCUUGGCUUUUGACUUCACUCCUGUCUCCCAAGAAUAGCGCUCCCUUUCUCAUGGGCGUUGACACUAUGCCUACUUUCCGCAACCCGGUGGAAGGGCACAAUUCACAUUGCAAACGGUGCGCUGAUCGCUAUCAUCAGCCUUCGUACUCCGCAAUACGCUAUGCUGUUCACGUUCAAUGCAUCCAAUCCCUUCCAACAUCGGCAUGUGCACUCAACCCAGACUAAUCUUCAAGGC